GACAGGUGUGUUAGGGCUGAGUGAACCAGCUGGGAGACAUCUGGGUAUGAGAGCAAAGGCAGAUGGGAAAUAUAGUAGGAGAACCAGGAAGUAGUCAACACUCUGGUGACAAUUCAUGUUGAUGACCAGAGAUAGAGACAGGGAACCGAUUCCUGAAUGGAAAGGAUAAAGAUCAUUCUCCCAUAAUGGAUAUAUUGUGCUUUUUUACAGGAAAGAAAUCAUACAUUGUGAUUGCUGUGACUGUUGGUCUGCUGUACGUUCUUCAGGCGGUUCUCAACAUUUCACUUCGUCUUUAUCUCACAUGUUCUGGGGGAACUGAGACGAUUUUUAACAAUGUGACCAUUGAGGAGGAGUUAAAGAACUUGACCGAUGAGAGGGACGAGCUCGUGCAGAAGCUUGAGCAAUAUGAUAUGCAACUUACAGGUUUAAGACGUGAAAAAGAUGAACUGCAGACCAAACUGAAUCUCUUUGAUCACUAUCUAAAACAAAAUUGGAUCUAUUUUAGUGGAAGCUUUUAUUAUAUUUCUACAACCGAGAAAUCCUGGCAAAGCAGCCGAGAUGACUGUUUGGGAAGAGGUGCAGAUUUGAUCAUCAUUAACAGCAAAGAAGAAAAUGUACAGCCCUUCUUUAGUAGUAAAUUUGUAUAG